AUGAAGGACGCUCGCCGUUCGCCGCCGCCGGCCAGAGACAAUCCCGAAACCACGCUCGCCAGCGCAACCACACCACCUAUAGCCCUUGUUUCGCAAAAGCACUCCACGGCUAUUCAGGAUCGGCGUAACGCCAGCCUUGAUAAAAGCGCUGCCCUUGAUACCCUGGCGACCGCGACAGCUGCAUUGCCACACCAGCCCACCGUCGCAUCAUCCCACCAGCCGCCACCGUGCCGACACCAACCGGGACCUUCGUCGUCGCCUCUUAGAGAACACGUCGAUGCUCUAAACUCCCCUUCGCAACAUGCUCGCAACAUUUGGCCUGCAGAGUCAAUAGCCGCAGCUGACCCAGAUUCCGGGUCUGAGCUUGAGCUCACCGACUUUGACAUGGUCAAAAAGAAGAAGUCUUUUCGCCUCGACAGGCGGCCGUCUUCGCGCCAGGACACCACGACCUAUGGCGCCGUGAGCCUCUCUCCGUACCAAAGCCAGUCACCAUCUGAAGCCGACUCCGAAGAAUACAGACCCCGCCCCAGCUAUGCUCGCGACACGAGCCGAAGCCAACGAUCGGCUAUUUCACGGUCAUCCUCCAGGGUCUCCGAGGACCUCGACGGCGCCAUCCUCGUCUCCGGAGUUGAAGGCCGUUUCGGUCUCGCCGAGACACCGCUCGUCGAUACAUUCAGCAACGGGAAGCCUGACGAGGAUAUCGAUGAAGAAGAAGCCUUCUCUGUCCAGGACGACACGUCGACCAUUGACGAAGAAGACGAAAACUCUCCACAUGAAGCCGUUCGAGCCUCUGUACCUCCCACUGACGAUACCACCUUGUCCAUAAAUACCCCGCGAAUGUGGUGCCUGUCUGUCAUCUUCUCAAUCUUGGGCUCAUCCACCAAUUUGUUCUUUUCUCUGAGAUACCCUAGUGUCGCCAUCACGCCCGUUAUUGCGCUGCUACUGGUGCACCCCCUUGGAUUGUUCUGGGAUGUGGCUCUCAAGCGAUCUUAUGAUCCUGAAGAAACAUUCGUUGAUGGCGUACGAUGCUCAGCUGUCCCCGACGAGAAUGAGCCGCCGGCGAGACGAACAAAGACUCUUCGCUCAUGGCGGCAAUGGUUCGCGCAGGGCCGCUGGAAUGAAAAGGAACACACCUGCGUUUACGUGAGCAGCAAUGUCGCCUUUGGCUUCGCCUUCGCUACCGAUGUCAUUGUCGAGCAGACGAAAUUCUAUAACCAGUCUGCGCCAAUUGCUUACCAGCUCCUGCUUACUAUUUCGACUCAAAUCCUCGGCUACGGCUUCGCAGGUAUGGCCCGCCGGUUUCUCGUCCGUCCGAGUGGCAUGAUCUGGCCGGGAACGUUGAUGUCUGCCGCCAUGUUCUCGACUCUUCACAAGCAAGAAAAUAAGCCCGCCAAUGGCUGGACAAUCAGUCGCUGGAAUUUCUUCUAUAUUGUCUGGAUAGGCGCCUUUGUGUUUUACUUCCUACCAGGGCUGCUGAUGCCAGCCCUCAGUUACUUUAGUGUGAUUACUUGGUUCGCACCCAAAAACGUCGUCAUUGCGAACCUCUUUGGCGUUACCUCUGGCCUUGGUCUAUUUCCCAUGACUUUUGACUGGGCUCAAAUCACAUACGUCGGCUCUCCUCUUCUUGUGCCGUUCUGGGCGGCCGUCAACGUAGUCGCCGGCCUCGUGGUUGUCAUGUGGUUUAUCGCACCUCUUUGCUACUAUGCUAAUGUUUUAUACUCGUCAUACAUGCCGAUUCUCUCUACCGCUGUUUUCGACAACAAGGGCAAAGUCUACGACGUCAGCAGGAUUCUUACAUCCGACUUCUUGUUCGACCGCGAAGCCUAUCGCAAUUACAGCCGAGUCUUUUUGCCCGUUACUUAUAUGCUGAGUUAUGGUGUACAGUUUGCCGGUCUUGCGGCGCUUCUCACUCAUACCAUGUGCUGGCAUGGCCGUGACAUCUGGCAUACAUGGAAACGAGCCCUCGCUGAAGCCCGUGAGGAAAACAAGGCCGCUUAUGAGCCCCUCUCGGGCGCGCCGACCGAAGACGGUGACGCAGAACCAGAUACCCUGUCACGCCGUGAGAGUCAUGGCGAUCGUUCCACGCACUCUGGCUAUGAUGACCUCCUUAGCCGAGAAGACAUCCACAGUCGGCUCAUGAAGCGCUACAAAGACGCGCCUCUAAGCUGGUACGUUCUUACGUUCCUCUCCAUGACGGCCGUCGGCAUCUUCAUUGUCGAAUACUACCCCAUCCAUUUACCCUGGUACGGACUGUUGCUGGCUCUCGCCAUUGGCGCCAUCUUCUUCAUCCCUAACGGCAUCAUCAUGGCCGUCACCAACCAGCACAGCAGCAUCUACCUCAUCUGUCAACUCAUCUGCGGUGUCGUCUUCCCGGGUCGCCCCAUAGCCAACAUGGUUUUUGUCACGUACGGCUACAUCUCCUCCGCGCAGGGCAUCAAGUUCGCCGCCGACCUCAAGCUCGGCCACUACAUGAAAAUUCCGCCUCGCAUCAUGUUCAUAGUACAAGUCGUCGCUACUUUUGUUUCGUCGGUCACGCAGAUCGGUGUUCUUAACUGGAUGUUUGUUAAUGUCCGUGGCAUCUGCACCGCCGAGGCCGUCAACGGCUUCACCUGCCCCAUUGCGCGCGUCCACUUCAACGGCUCCAUUCUCUGGGGCGUUGUCGGCCCCGGCGAGUUCUUCGGCCCCGGCGCCAUCUACCGCGCCCUCGUCUGGUGCUUCCCGCUGGGCGCGCUGCUGCCCAUCCCGCUCUGGCUCUACAGCCGCCGCCGCCGCGGCAGCAUCCUCCGCAAGGUCAACCUCCCCGUCAUCUUUGGCGCUAUGGCCUGGAUCCCUCCCGCCACUGGCCUUAACUUUUCCGUCUGGGCCCUCGUCUGCUACGUCUUCAACUACGUCAUCAAGCGCCGCGCGGGCCCUUGGUGGGCCAAGUACACCAUGACGCUCAGCGCCGCCCUCGACUCCGGCCUCGCCUUUGGCAUCGUCGUCGUCUUCUUCGGCUUCAUCUACCCAGGCUGGAUGGCCAACUUUCACUGGUGGGGCACGGAAGUCUACAAACAGGGCUGCGACUGGCAGGCCUGCUCGUACAAAACCGUGCCAGACGGGGGCCAUUUUGGACCGCCCGAGUGGUGA